CAGUUUUUAUGGCACCGUCAACUAUUGGAACGACUCAGACUUCGACUACAUUACCCACAUUGCACCGCGAUGUAUUUGUAUCCGAUGACGGCCGAGGAUGGAGGCAGUUCUAGCCAAGUAUGAGAAUCAGUUUUCCGAGUAUCUAGAAGAGCUUCCUGAUGCAGACGAGCCAGUGUGGAUCCUGGGAGAAUGUUACAAUGCUAAAACACAGAAAUCAGAGCUGCUCUCGGAUGUGCGAUCGCGACUGUGGUUCACAUACAGGAAAAAGUUUUCUCCUAUAGGAGGAACAGGCCCUUCGUCAGAUGCGGGGUGGGGGUGCAUGCUCCGCUGUGGACAGAUGAUCCUAGCGCAGGCGUUGGUCUGCAGACACCUGGGACGAGACUGGCGGUGGGAUCCAGAGAAACAUCAGCCCAAAGAGUAUCACCGUAUCCUGAGCUGCUUCCUGGACAAGAAGGACAGCUGCUACUCCAUCCAUCAGAUGGCUCAGAUGGGCGUUGGCGAGGGCAAGUCUGUGGGAGAAUGGUAUGGACCGAACACAGUGGCGCAAGUACUCAAGAAACUGGCCCUGUUUGAUGACUGGAAUACUCUGGCUGUGUACGUGUCAAUGGACAACACAGUCGUGAUUGAAGACAUCAAGAAGCAGUGUCAGCAGCCGCGCCGGGAGUUCAGGCCCAGGCCCGGUCCCUGUGAUCGGGAAGAGGAGUCAGAGGCUCUUCAUCUUCACACACAACGGCCCCUGGACUGGAGGCCCCUGCUCCUGGUCAUUCCUCUGCGAAUGGGCAUCAACAGCAUCAACCCCGUCUACAUUCAGGCAUUCAAAGAGUGUUUCAAGAUGCCUCAGUCAUGUGGCGUUUUGGGAGGAAAGCCCAACCUGGCCUUUUAUUUUAUUGGAUUUAUUGAUGACGAGUUGAUCUAUCUGGACCCUCACACUACGCAGCAGGCCGUGGACUCUGAAUCAGGCAGUGCUGUGGACGACCAGAGCUACCACUGUCAGAGGACCCCUCACCGCAUGAAGAUCACCAGCCUGGACCCUUCGGUUGCACUGGUGAGAGAUCAAACUCUGUGUGCUUCCCUUCAGCCCAACCCAGUGAUAAACCAUGGGUCAAAUGUUGGAUUUUUCAUGUUUUUAUAAAACUGCUCUAAGUUU